AUGAGAGAUGAAAUAGCAACAACAGUCUUCUUUGUCACAAGAUUAGCAAAAAAACAUGAUAAAUUGAGUAAACAACAGAUAGAAGACUUUGCAGAAAAGUUGAUGACGAUCUUGUUUAAAACAUACAGAAGUCACUGGCACUCUGAUCACCCUUCUAAAGGUCAAGGCUUCAGGUGUAUCAGGAUAAACAAUAAUCAGAGUAAAGAUCCUAUUCUAGAAAGGGCUUGUGCUGAAAGUAACGUGGAUUUUUCUCACCUGGGACUUCCGAAGGAGAUGACCAUAUGGGUAGAUCCCUUUGAAGUGUGCUGUAGGUAUGGUGAGAAAAAUCAUCCAUUUACAAUUGCUUCUUUCAAAGACAGAUGGGAGGAAUGGGAAUUAUCCCAACAAAUCAGUGAUGCUGUUAAUAGAGCCACAUUAGACUACUCCUCUGGCACUUCCUCUGAUGAAGAAAGUUGUAACAAAGAACCUCAGAUAAUUCCUAAAGUCAGAAAUCCAAAGAGUAUUUAUCAGGUUGAAAACUUGAAACAGCCCUUUCAAUCUUGGUUCCAUAUCCCGCACAAAAGCAAUAUGGGGGAUGGCCGAAUGGGCCUCCUAGGAAAUGCUUAUCAUGCAUUGCAUAAGAUCCCUAAGGGUCACAGGCCUGCUGCUGGGCACCGGGUGGACAGGUACCACUGGGUCAACACACACCGAUAG